AUGUACGGCCAACCAUGGUGCCGCGACGGCAUCAGAGUCGAGGAUCUCUCACUUCAGUACGCUCCCAAAAGCGGUGUCGACGCGUGGGGACGCGAGAAGCAACAGCCCGUCCUCCUAUCAGUCUCUCUGUCCUUCCACCGCGGUUUCGACUCUGCCGCGAGCCAAGAUGCCCUGGAUGAAAGCACAAUGCACUAUGGCAUCUUGUCAAAAAACCUUCGUUCCUUGAAACCCGUUCAAAGUUGGGAAACUCUUGAUGAAUUGGCCCAUCGCAUACAUCAAGCCAUUCUGGACACCCCUCCCGGCGCGUCCUUGAUUCAGUCGUGUCAAAUUGAGAUCAAGCUGCCCAAAGCCAGUCUGUUGGGUGAUUGUGCCAACUAUGUCUACUUCGUUGAAGGCGAGGAACACAUUGGCAGAGUGUUGCAUCUGUCUCGCAUCUUCAUACCUACUUUAAUCGGUGUCAAUGACAACGAGAGGACCGCCAAGCAAAAGCUUUUUGUCAGUGUGUGGAUAGACAGAAUACAGGCAGACGACUCGCAGUCGUAUCCUGAGCUCGAAAGAAUCAUCACUCAGGCCAUUGAACCUACAGAAUUUGAGACCUUGGAGUCGCUAGCCAUCUACGUUCUCAAGGUUCUGAAGAUGAACUACACACCUCUGCAAUCGCACGAGACCAGUGUUCGUCUGAGAUUGGAAAAGCCUCAAGCUGUUCCUCAUGCCUCGGCUCCUAUCAUCGAGAUCGUCAGGACUUCUGAUGAGCUGGCAGCCAUGAUCCGCUGA